AAAAAAAAAACUGACUUGCAAUGAUUUCCUUCCUGAUUUUCAAAAAAGGGUAGUUGAAGCGUCAGUUCACGAUACCAUCCUCCGGGAGUGUGUGUGGGGGGAGAAAUUCAUUUCAUCCUCACUUCAGGACAUCGUUAUACAAUAGCCUACACACAUGCGUGGUCUUUGUUUUUUUUUCCUCUCCAUCUUGACCCAAGGCACCUUCAGUGAUGUUAUUGGCCUCAUUGGGCACAAUGUCACCUUGCCCUGUGAGUAUGACACCCAAACUCACGGUGUGCUUAGUUUCUGCUGGGGACAAGGGACGGUGCCCACAUUCAAGUGCUCUAGCACAAUCCUCUCCUCCCAGGAUGGGGCUGUACAGUCCAGGCAGUCGUCCAGGUACCAGCUACUGGGCAGGGUGACAGAAGGAGAUGUGUCCCUGACCAUCCUGAACGCUCAGUUGAGUGACGGCGGUGUGUACGGCUGCAGGGUUGAGAUCCCUGGGCUAUUCAAUGACUAUAAAGUCAACAUACACCUGGUCAUGGAGGAAGCUCCUGUGGAACAAGUUGUUACCCAGCAGUCGACAGUUGUUACCCAGCAGUUGACUGUUGCUACCGAUGGGAGACAUGCUGAGCAAUCAGAAAUAUUGACAACAUCUGUGCCUAAGAAUGUGGAAGUUGCUGACCCAACAGUGGACAUUAUUCAUUGUGGAAGAACUAAGGAAAUAUUCAAAGCCCUCCUGAGAGUGGAGAACAUUGCCAGGAUGGGAGCUAUUUUCUUCUCCACCAUAAUCAUAAUCCUUGUCUUUAUUUUCCGUGGAUCAUUUCAGUCGGGGGGCGACCUUCUGCAUGUUGACACCUCAGCUGCUGAGAACAUUUAUGAAAGUGUCCCAAAGUGAUGGCCAGCAGUACACGAA